AUGCGUGGUGGGCGCAAUACGCAGAACUGCGCACAGACCACCGAGGGUCUUGGCGCACCGGUUUCUGGCCAGCCGGCUAGGAUGCAGCAGGUUCAGCACACGGUUCAGACGCACGGAUAUGGACUGGCCAGAAAGCACACAUACGACUGGGUCGUUCUUAUUCUCCUAGCCGCGGUCGUGGUCGUCUUGCAUUAUGCUCCCCCGUUUAACCGGUUCGUCGGGAAGGAUAUGAUGACUGAUAUUAGGUACCCGGUGAAACCAAGUACUGUGCCAGCAUGGGCUGUUCCUGUAAUCUCUAUGCUGUGCCCUGUGCUUGUCUUCAUAGCACUGUAUGUUGCUAGAAGAGACGUCUAUGAUCUUCACCACGCAACACUAGGUGUUAUUUUUGCUGUGCUGAUCACUGCCGCUUUCACUGAUGUGAUAAAGAAUGCUGUGGGGAGACCUAGGCCAGACUUCUUUUGGCGGUGCUUUCCUGAUGGAAGGCCGGUAUAUGAUCAAGUGACAGGUGGUGUGAUCUGCCAUGGCGAGAAAGGUUUCUUAACCGAUGGGCGCAAGAGUUUUCCUAGUGGACACACGUCGUGGUCUUUUGCUGGACUUGGAUUUUUGUCACUAUACUUAUCUGGCAAAAUUAAGGCGUUUGAUCGCAAAGGUCACGUGGCAAAACUUUGCAUCGUGAUUCUUCCUCUUCUUCUUGCUUCGCUUGUUGGGAUUUCUAGAAUAGACAACUAUCGACACCACUGGGAGGAUGUGUUUGUCGGCGGCCUGAUUGGAUAUAUCAUGGCAGUGCUGUGCUAUCUGCACUUUUUCCCUCCUCCAUAUCACCAUCAAGGUUGGGGGCCCUAUGCAUCCUUCCACAUGCUGGAGGAGCUUGAGGCAGGCAAUUCAAAUAAUGCACAAAACCAACAGUCUGCAGGUCAGCAUCAUAUCGGAUUGACCGGCCAACACCAUAACGGGAGAUCAAGAAAUGAUUUGGAAUCUGGAAGUGUGUAA